CCAUCAAAAAUACAGAGCUAUUCUGAAGAAAGAAAAGAGGAAAAAAAAGCGGCAGGCACUCGCCAAACUCAGAGACUCAGAAGCUACAGAAAAAGAUGAAUCAGUAUCUGAGGAGGAAGAGGAGGAACUGGAAGAGGAAGAAGAGGAAGAGGAAGAAGAAGAAAAAAAACUUGAGGCAGAAAGACAAAAACUACAUGAGCAAUGGUUGCUGAGAGAAGAAAAGGCCCAAGAAGAGUUCAAGCUUAAGAGAGAAAAGGAAGAGGCCGCAAGAAAACGUCAAGAAGAAGAAGAGGCAGCUGUGCAGAGGAUGCUGGAUCAAGCUGAAAGCCAGCUGGAGAACGGUGUCAGCUGGCAUAACCCAGAGCCCCCAGAGAAUAUAGGAACAGAGAAAGAUAGAGCGAAUUGCCCAUUCUACAUUAAAACAGGUUCCUGCCGAUUUGGAGACAGGUGCUCUCGCAAGCAUAACUACCCGACAUCUAGUAAGACGCUCCUCGUUCGAGGGAUGUUCAUUACUUUUGGCAUGGAGCAGUGCCGGAGAGAUGACUAUGACACAGACGCAAGUCUCGAGUACAGCGACGAGGAGACCUACCAGCAGUUCCUGGAGUUCUACGAGGACGUACUCCCUGAGUUUCAGAAUGUGGGGAAGGUUGUUCAGUUCAAGGUCAGCUGCAACUACGAGCCUCAUCUGCGAGGAAACGUGUAUGUCCAGUACCAGUCGGAGAAGGACUGUCAGGCAGCUCUCGCUCUGUUCAGCGGACGAUGGUACGCAGGCCGACAGCUUCACUGCGAAUUCUGUCCUGUGACGAGGUGGAAGACUGCUAUAUGUGGCUUAUUUGAAAGGCAGAAGUGUCCAAGAGGGAAACACUGCAACUUCCUUCACGUAUUCAAAAAUCCCAACAAUGAGUUUUGGGAGGCCAAUAGAGACAUACGUAUUUCUCCUGAACGGACUAGUCAGUUGUCUAAAAACUCUGAAAGGAGAAACAGAACGAGCCAUCGCGAUGACUAUUACAGCCGGUCAAGGAGAAGGGGCAGCCCAAGCCCGGAUCAUUCUUACCGGAGAAACGGGGAAUCCGAGAGAAAAAAGAACCGCCGCAGAAACAAGAGGAGGCGCCGGUCUGGCAGGUCAAGAAGUCGAGAAAGGAGGAGGUCUCGCAGCAGGGGGAGGAAGAGGAGAGGCCGCAGUCGCAGCAGAAGUCAUAGUCGAACGCGCAGUAGGAGCAGAAGUCGGAGUUCCUCCCGCUCCAGGAGCAGGGGCAAAAAGAGGUCGAGCAGCAGAGGGAAAAAUAGCGAAACUCCCAAAACAAAGUGAGAAUCACUUGUAGAAAUUGCUAAUUGAGCAAACAUAGAGAUGACGAAUCUUUCCAGUAGGGCACCAGAUAUAUUUGAGUUUCAAAUAAAGUGUUCUUGCACAUUAAAAUGUUUCUUCCUAAUGAAAGAACCUAGUUUAUUGUGUGCUAAGCUUCAGAAAAUUCAGAGUUGUAAGUCCUGUACAAGGUGUGAAUGUCAAGUACUCUGGCUACUCUGUCCCUCUGAACUGCCGCACCGUCGGGAUGCGUACCGAGUACAAAUGGAAAGAGAAGUAAAGCCUCUUUGGU